CGACACGAAAACUCAUCGGCCGAGGAGAGAGAGAUAAAUUCUUCUCGGUGUUUAAACGAAAUUUUUUUAAAAAAGAAAAAGAAAAAAGAAAAAAAAAAGGAAGGAACAAUUCACGUCCUAUUACUAUAUAACUAUUACUAUUACUACUAUUUAUCCCAACGUUGAUCGUAGUAACAAAGUUAGUUGUAAUAACAACUCCGAUAAAUAGUAAUACAUAUAUAUAUAUAAAUAUAUACAUAUAUAGACAUAGAUAAAAAGAAGAGAUAUAUAUUCGUAUAAAGAGAUCAAAAUAGUUAAUCGAAAUCGUCAAUCGUUAGUUGACAACAGUAAAUAAUUUUUUUUUUUUUUGAAAUCGAACAUCACGACAAAAAUGGCCGGUCAACGAGUUGUUUAUCUUCUUCUUCUUCUGAUCUUCGCCCUCAUAGCGCACGAAUGUUACGGUCAGAAGCAACAUCAGGAAGAUCCUUGUCAGACGAAAUCGAGAGUGGUCGGCGAUAUAGAAUAUUGCGAUCGUUAUUGGGAAUGCGUUAAUGGUAGACCAGAAUUAUUCGAUUGUCCUAAUGGCCUUGUAUUUGCUGGGAAACACAGAGGCGUAACAGAGGGUUGCGAUUAUCCAUGGAGAGCUAAUUACUGCGAUGGUAAACGCCAAGCAAAUCCACCAAUAUCAGCUGAACACUGUGAUUGGCUUUAUGGUAUAUUUGGCCAUGAAACAUCCUGCACGAGAUAUUGGACCUGUUGGAACGGCACUGCCACUGAACAAUUAUGCAUCGGUGGUCUGCUUUACAACGAAAGGGCACGAUCCUGCGAUUGGCCCGAAAACGUCGAGGGUUGUCAAAAACAUCCACUUUGUAAUGACGACGCGAACGGCAACGUACCAUUAGGAAAGUCUUGCAAUCGUUACUGGCAAUGUCAAGGUGGUUAUCCACGUUUGCAAAGAUGCCCAGCCAUGUUGGUCUUCGACAGACGAUCAUUGAGAUGCGUUGUACCACCUACCGAAGAUUGCGACGUACCAACGACGCAACCUAGUUUGGAUGGGGAUUUACAAGAUGGUAGAAUCCAAGAACAAGAACCCGAAGAAGAAAAUUUACCGCCUGGUGUACCGCCACUUCCGGCCGGUGCCCUACCCAUUCCACUUCGGGCACGUCCUAGAAAUUAAUUUUAAGUCGUUCCGUUUGUAUGGUUUGAAAGAAAAAAAAAAAAAUUAUAAAAAAGAAAAAAAAGAAAAAACACAUAGACACAUACGCUCUUACGUGUGUAGACGACGAAAGUAGUUACUCGUUUUUCGAGGGUGAGUUUUCAGAUUGUAAUUUUUUCUUCUUUUUAUUUUAUUUUUUUUUUUUUUCGUAUACUUACUAUGUCUUCUCUUUUCUUCCAUUACGGUGUCGCGAAGCAUAAUCGAGAUUAGGGUUGAACUCAUUGAGAGUAAGUUUAUCUCUUUCCCCGUACGACCUAUCCCGUCCCGGUUUCUGUUUUAUAUUUUUUUUUUGUUGUUCUUUUCUUUUUCUUUUUUUUAAUCCUAAUAUUAUUCUUAAUCCGCAAGUAAACAAGCAAGCAAUUUUUAGCAUCGAUAAUAGCGCGUAAGCGUGAUUCGCGUUAGAUCGUUAAGUUUUUUUUCUAUCUGUCUUUGUUUUUUUUUUUAAUUCUUUUCUUGUUUUUUUUUUCCUUUGUUUUUUUCUUUCUUUUCUUUUUUUUCCCUUUUUUUUACAAGAAAUCCUCCCUGUUCAUCAUCCGCACUCUUUUUCAUCCUCGGUGAAGAUGUGUAAAUAUUUUUUCUUUAGCCAUUACUCACUACUAUUAUUAUCUUCCUCCACCCCUCCUAUCCCCCACCCCCGCCCUGGUUUUCUUAAUCUUAUAUUAGAAAUAUUCAAACGCAAUUACACCUGGUCGAUGUAGAAAUACAUGAAAUAAACUGUAUAUUAUAUAUUUUUUUUAGA